GAGAUAUUUAAAGGAAUUUCGAACCAAAUGAAAGGAUUACAAAGACAUUGCACUGACGUGGUACUCGUUUAAGUUGAAACCGAAAUUCUGUCUAUCCAUGUGAGCCACGUGUAUUUGUUAGGAAUAACACACAAUAAUGUGUGGGAGAAUCAAACAAAUGGACUCGCCAAAUGACCGUCAAGAACGCCCGAGAUUAUCAUUAUUCAGGUAGCUAACCCAAAAAGGAAGAAUGCGCUUUGGAUUUCCGGUCUGCAAACCUUUCAUCUUUGGAUUUGCGUAAGAAGGCUUGGCUUUUUAAGGACAAGAGUUCACGCUGGAUAGUCAGAAUUUGUAGGUGAAUCAAACUACAGAACAAUGGGCAACGUUUUGUUUAACUAUUUAGGUAACGGUGUGAGCGAAGAUCUCCGGGAGGAAAUCGCCCGUCACGGCAAGGCGUAUGAUGCCGAUGAUUCGAUUCAGUUGACACCCACUCUUCAAAUGGCAGAUACGAGUCGAAACGUCAAUCGUGUAAAAGACCUGCCAAAGGAUCAAGUCUACGAAGGGGUGCAGAAUCCGUAUGUGUUAGUGAUAAACAACGUGAACUUUAAAGAAGACCCAGUACCAAGGAAUGGAGCCGAACACGAUCUUGAAAACGUGGAAACGUUUUUACGAGAAGCUGGUUUCGAGUCUGUGGAGAAGCGUUACGAUCUGGAAAAAAAAGAGAUGAUGGCAGCUUUUGACGAAACUCGAAAAAGUAUUGAAUCAGGUAAACAUGACGGCCUCAUAUGCAUCAUCAUGAGUCACGGCGAUGACAGAGGAAUCAAGUGCAAGAACGGUGAAACCAUUCCAGUUGACGAAAUAACCUCUAAAUUCCGUGGUAGCGAUGAAUCGUGUCCACAGCUAGCGGGAAAACCUAAACUAUUCUUCCUUCAAGCAUGCAGAGGAAUAGUCGACGAUAGAGGGUAUCGGCAUGCAGCCAGUUCGCAAGACGACGAUGUUGUUGCUGAUAGCUUUUCUUCUGAGAGAACGUCUCUGACGCUUCCUUCUGAUGCAGAUUUUUUGAUUAGUUACUCUACCACCACGGGUUACAAGUCAUACAGGAGGUUCACCAUGCCCACAGCAAGUGCACCACCCAGUGAAACGCUCGGCUCCUGGUUCAUCUUCACAUUAAUGAGAGUUCUACGGGAAAAUUCACACAAGGACGACUUGAUGACAAUGCUGACUAAGGUGAAUCAAGAAAUGAUUAAAUAUGCGACAGGUAAAGGCUGCAAGCAGAUUCCAAGCCAUGUCUCCAUGCUCACACGAAAGGUCUUCUUCACAAAUUUUUUUAAUAAGACAUUUUAAUUUAACCAUAAAAAACAAACAUCUCUUUAUCAUUCCUUGCUUUU